CAGCAUAACUUAACCGAGUUCAGACGUGGUUUCCAUGUACCAGUUAGCUGAUGCGUACGCCUUUAAACCCAAUGUCAUCCUUCAAAAAUGUCUAUUUCGCCACUCCUGUUGGUUGUUCCAAGUUGGACUGUUUUCGACAUCACUUUCCACUUGUUGCUAUGUUGUGUGGAGUAUUGAAGCGUUCUCGCACGAAGGUGUCAAGCUAACUUAACACUCCUCGAGCCGCAUGCAGAGCUCAGAGGGCGGGUCCGACACAUCGCCCAGCGUGGCAGCGCUGCGGACGUCAUCAUCAGCCCAGGCCCCUGUGGUACAGCCUGUCCCAGCCUCCCAGCAGAGGGUGCUGGUACAAGCCACAGGCUCAGUUCAGAAGGGUGGACAAGUACAGCAGCUUUCAGUAUCCAGGGCUCAACAGGUGCCUCAGCAGGUGCAGCAAUCACAGCAUGUGUAUCCGUCCCAGGUGCACUAUGUAGGGGAAGGUGGAGAGGCUGUUUACACUAACGGAACAAUUCGCACGGCCUACUACAACCCAGAAGCUCAGUUGUACGGUCAGAGCAGUGGGGGAUCGUACUUUGACUCGCAGGCCGGUGGUGCUCAUGUUGCCACGGUGGUCUCCUCUGCCAGUGGUGGGGUGCCACCGCAUAGCAUGGUGGGCAUUGCCAUGGACGUAAGCAGCAGCCAUAUCAUCUCCAGCGGCAGCACCUAUUUGAUCCAUGGAGGAAACAUGGAAGGAAGCCGCAACCAUAUAUCUCACUCAUCUCGCUCCUCUUCAGCCAUGCUUGAAAUGGCGAUUGAAAACCUCCAAAAGUCUGAAGGAAUUGCAAGUCACAAAAGCAGCCUGCUGAACAGCCAUCUCCAAUGGCUGCUGGACAACUACGAGACUGCAGAGGGUGUGAGCCUGCCCCGGUGCUCCCUCUAUAACCAUUACUUGCGCCAUUGCCAGGAACAGAAACUGGAUCCAGUCAAUGCAGCCUCCUUCGGCAAGCUCAUUCGCUCAGUCUUCAUGGGCCUCAGGACGCGCCGCCUCGGAACCAGGGGAAACUCAAAGUAUCAUUAUUAUGGCAUCCGGGUGAAGCCAGAUUCUCCACUAAACCGGCUGCAAGAAGACACCCAGUAUAUGGCCAUGAGGCAGCAGCCUGUCCACCAGAAACAAAGGUUCAAACCUCUGCAGAAGGUGGAUGGAAUGUCUGAUAACCUGUGUGUGAGCUCCCACUGUAACAACACUCCGGAACAAUCUGUAGCAGCUCAGAGCCAGCACCAUCAGCAGUACAUAGACACAUCCCACAGCUUGCCUGAGUUCCCAACCCCUGAAGUGGGCAAUCAGCCGCUGCCCGAGCACAUCAGUAUGAACGACAUCAAGAAGCUUCAGACGCUCUACAGAGACCACUGCGAGGCUACUCUGGAUGUGGUGAUGAACCUCCAGUUCCACUACAUUGAAAAACUCUGGCAGACCUUUUGGUACUCAACAGCGCCCUCUAGUGAAGGAAGCACCACCAUAGCCAACAGCGAUGAUGAACUGGAUGGCGUGCUGCCCAGAGAGAAGCUAGUGGCUCUGUGUAAAUAUGAACCAGUCCGACUAUGGAUGAGAAGCUGCGAUCACAUCCUCUACCAGGCCUUGGUGGAGAUCCUCAUCCCAGAUGUGCUGCGUCCUGUUCCCAGCACUCUCACUCAGGCCAUCAGGAACUUCGCCAAGAGUCUGGAGGGUUGGCUGACUAACGCCAUGACCAGCUUUCCUCAAGAAAUCAUCCGCACGAAGGUGGCAGUGGUCAGUGCCUUUGCACAGACUCUGAGACGUUACACCAGCCUCAACCACCUGGCGCAGGCCGCCCGUGCCGUCCUCCAGAACACCUCACAGAUCAACCAGAUGCUCUCUGACCUCAACCGGGUUGACUUUGCUAAUGUUCAGGAGCAGGCAUCCUGGGUGUGUCAGUGUGAUGAGAGUGUGGUCCAGCGUCUGGAGCAGGACUUUAAAGUCACCCUGCAGCAGCAGAGUUCUCUGGAUCAGUGGGCCACCUGGCUGGACAACGUGGUCUCCCAGGUGCUCAAGCCUCACCAGGGCAGCCCCAGCUUCCCUAAGGCGGCACGCCAGUUCCUGCUUAAAUGGUCUUUCUACAGCUCCAUGGUGAUCCGAGACCUGACUCUGCGCAGCGCGGCCAGUUUCGGUUCCUUCCACCUGAUCCGCCUGCUGUACGACGAGUACAUGUUCUACCUGGUGGAGCACCGCGUGGCUCAGGCUACCGGGGAGACGCCCAUCGCCGUCAUGGGGGAGUUCAGUGACCUGAGCUCCAUGAUGCCAGCUCUCAUGGAGAAAGACGUGUCCUUCUCUGACGAGAUGAGCGACCUGGGCAGCGAGGCCGACGUGUCCCGAAGCGAGCCGGCCGUCAAGAGGGAGCGCAUCGAAAUGAGCCACCCUCUCCAGGAGAUGUGAGACGUGACUCCCCCUCCCCUCCCCAAGGCGCCGGCCGGUCGGUCGGCCACACCGCAUCCUUCUGCCAUGAGUGUGUGCGAUGUGUACAUUCUCUACACUAUACGUAGUAGCCACGCUGUCGUGGUCAAUAGUGGCGCACAGGUCCUUCUUUGUUUAUUUGACUGCAACUGUGAAUGAAUUAGUGCAUUUUUUAAUGGGGUGUGCUAUGUGGUGCUCACGUGUUUUUUGUUGCUUUCGUUCGGUUAGCUGUGCCAUGGUUGUCAUUUGAGUGCCUUAGAUUGCUAACGAUGAAAACCAUCACUCCUGAUGUCCACCUGUCCCUCAGCUGUGCCUCGACCGCACAAUGAAUGUAUUGUCUCAGAGCACCUUUAAACAAAGUGGAGGUGUGUGUGUGUGUGUGUGUGUGUGUGUGUGUGUGUGUGUGCGCGCAUGCGUGCGUGUGUAUACGCCCAUGUUGCCUCUGCUGCAGCUUGCAGCGCACGGAAAUUAAACAAACAAACAAACAAAAAAAAAACGGGACAAGAUUGAA